CUACACUCAAGAGCUGUCGUCAAAUGUAAAGAUUAUUUAAAUGUCAUUUUAAAAGAUAUGAAUUGGAGGUAAAGCCAGAUCUCAAGUGUUGUUUGUGUUCCCAUUUCUGUCAGGUCUGCAAACUCUUUGGCCAUCCAUUCAAAUGCAUUCAGCAAUACCUGCAUUGUAUGUAUACCUGUGCUCUGUAUACCUGACUUGAAGUGAACAUCCAAUAAGUUUGAGAGUUGAGUGCCGUAUAUAAAGACAGAACAAGUCUUAAGUGAAAGUUAUUCAACUCUCAUACCAUUUGAACGAUUGAUUGUAUAAAACUUGUGUUUGUGUUCACUAAAUAACGGUUUCAUAAUGUAUAGACUUGCAGUAGUAGUAUUGUUUGCCAUUGGAUGCAAUGCCAGCGGUUAUAGUGGUAGUGUCGCACAAUUAUCAUCGGGUGCUUCAUAUGGAGGACAGACAUUGUCCCAACCCUUACCCUAUGCAGUUCAAGGAUAUGGUAGCGCACCGGCCUAUGAUGCGGCUAUUCAGACACGAAGGACAGUUGAGUUGAGACCAGUGGCCACACAACAGGACUACUCUCAGCCACAAAUCAUAGAAGUAAAUCCCGAUCACGUGCCAGUUCAGGUGCAUUUCAAAACUGGUUCGAGUCGUGUUAAUGUCCAUCAGAGCCAUACACCCGGUUCCCCACCCCAAGUAGAGCACGCCUCCUUCCAGGACGAACCACACCGUGUUGUCCACGAAGUUGUUAAGCCCGUCAUCCAAGAGGUCCGUGAAAUCAUUCAGCCUUACCGUCGAGUGACUCAAGAGAUUAGACCAGUCAUUGAAGAGGUGCACACUGUUGUCCACAAAGGAGAGGGACGUCGAGGUCAACAACAAUAUAAUGGUGGUGGCGGUGGUUAUGGCGGUCAACAACAGUUUUCAGGUGGAUUGACCCACAAUCAGGGAUAUAAAGCUGGUGCCAAAGCCAAGGGAAGGGCAUAA